AUGGCCAUCAUUCGUACUCGCUGCGUCUUACUAAUCGCGUUCCUCACGGCGGCGCUGGUGACGAUGGCCUAUGCGAAGAAAUCUGCUAAGAAACCUGUUCCUCCAAGACCUGUUCCUCCAACACCAGUUCCUCCGACACCAGUCACCAUCUUUACCUUCCUAUCAGGCAACAAGGAGGUGCCCAAGAAUGUCACAAAAGCUUCCAGGAGCCCCGUUGGAGACCCAACUGGCAAGGCGUACCUGACAUUGACCAUCUACAAGCAAGACGACCAGCCAGUGUGGCUCGAGUACACGGUGCAAGCUGAGAAUAUGCAGUACGGUGUGGCCCCAAGCAUAGCACGAGUACACAACGGAACAGCGGGAUCGAACGGUCCCAAGGUGUUGGAUCUGCCGUGCAAAUAUCGGUUCUCCAUGGAUAACAAUUGGUGGCAAUGCACCAACAGUCUUGGGAAGAAAACGGAGGAGCGGACUGAAAAGUUUGUGUCAGUUCUAAAGGCGAUUUUGACGGAUCCAGGUGCGUUCUACGUGAAUAUUUACACUGUUAUGCGUCCUGAUGGCGCCGUGCGCGGGCAGAUUGGCGAAGUUUAG